AGAUACACACCAAUAAUGGAUUACAAAAAAGCCAUAGAUUUGGUAACCAAGGCCACUGAAGAAGACAAAAAGAAAAAUUAUGGUGAAGCUUUAAGAUUAUAUGAGCAUGGUGUUGAAUAUUUUCUUCACACAAUCAAAUAUGAAGCACAGAGUGAACGUGCCAAAGAGAGUAUAAGAGCAAAAUGUAUUCAGUACUUAGAAAGAGCUGAAAAAUUAAAAGAAUUUUUAAAGAAGAAAACAAAGAAACCUGUAAAAGCUGGAGAAAAUGAUCAAAAAAAAGAGGACGACAGUAGUGAAAGUGAUGAGGAGGAUCCAGAUAAGAAAAAACUAUUAAAUCAGUUAGAAGGUGCUAUCAUCAUGGAAAAACCAAAUGUCAAAUGGUCAGAUGUUGCUGGAUUAGAGUCUGCAAAGGAAGCUUUGAAGGAAGCUGUAAUUUUACCAAUUCGAUUUCCACACUUAUUCACAGGAAAAAGAAAGCCUUGGAAAGGAAUUCUGCUCUUUGGGCCUCCAGGUACUGGAAAGUCAUAUCUUGCUAAAGCAGUAGCAACAGAAGCCAAUAAUUCCACUUUCUUCUCUGUUUCUUCUUCACAUCUUGUUUCAAAAUGGCUUGGAGAGAGUGAAAAGUUUGAUACUAGAAGAAUAUAUAUAUCAUUACCAGAAGAAAUGGCUAGACUUCAAAUUUUUAAGUUACAUGUUGGUAAUACUCCAUGCACUUUAAAUGAAGAUGAUUUCAAGACUUUAGCAAAAAAAACUGAUGGUUACUCUGGAGCAGAUAUAUCAGUCCUUGUAAGAGAUGCUUUAAUGCAACCUGUAAGAAAAGUACAGACAGCCACACAUUUUCGACGGGUUAGAGGCCCAUCUCGAACUGAUCCAAAUGUUAUUGUAGAUGAUUUAUUAACACCUUGUUCUCCUGGAGUUCCUGGAGCUAUUGAAAUGUCAUGGAUGGAUGUGCCUGGUGAAAAACUAUUAGAACCUGUAGUUACAAUGAGUGAUGUUUUGCUCUCAUUAGCAAAUUCUAAACCAACAGUUAAUGAUGAUGAUAUGAUCAAGCUUCGUCAGUUUAUGGAUGAUUUUGGACAGGAAGGUUAAGAAAUUCUGGCAUUCAAGAAAGCAGACCCCGAAACAGUGCAGGAAUGACGUUGAUAGGAAGACUCUCAACAAUUGGAAUUUAAAAUUAGUAAUGCUUGUCGGAGAGAUUCAAAAAAGUGUAAUAUGAAAGCAUUGUUGCUUUAAUACACUUACGCUACUUAUUGUAUAUGCAAAUGAAGGUCACUUUGUUUAUAUUUAAAUCUAAAUAAAAUGUUUAGAGUAAUUUUUAAAUCAUUUUUCUACAACCGGAAAUAUAAUUAAACU